AUGGCGGGGAAUACCAUUCACAGUCCAUAUUUGGCUUGCGGGGUGGCGGGAGUCAGUUGUAAUCUCCGCACAGGCCGUGUUUAUCGACUGGAUUUGAGUGGAAACUAUUUGGAAGGUAACAUCAGUUCAUCGUUGUUCCAACUUGCACAGUUGGAGCACCUCGAUCUCAGUCACAACCUCUUCAAGGAUAAAUUCAGUCCUCCCCAUAAUCCAAAGUUGAAGAGUCUCACUUUUCUUGACUUGUCAUUUGCUGGUUAUGUAAAUGAAUCCUCUCUGGAUUCUGUAAAGGAAUUUUAUGUUAGUUUGGAAAGCUUAUCAAAUCUGGUGAGCUUGGAAUACCUUUCUCUUGCUGGAGUGAACAUCUCUGUAAAGAAAGAAUGGGGUGAAGUUUCUGGCAGUCUAUCCAACCUUCAACAACUCAGCAUGUCUGACUGUGGGCUUGGAGGACAAAUUCCCAAUUUCCCUUCUGAACCUCACCUCUCUCCUUCAUCUCGAUCUAUCAUACAACAAGUUAACUGGGGGUCAUUUCCAUCUAGACUAACAUUACCCAAGUAUUUUCACUAUCUAGAUUUGCACAAUAACAGCUUAGAAGGUGUUCUUCCUUUUCCUCCUGCUGGUCCUAAUCUGCUGAUGAAUCAGUUUAAUGGUUCUAUUCCUACUGACAUUGGUGCGUAUCUUCAAAAUACAAGGUUCUUAUCCUUGUCGAGGAAUAAUUUCAGUGGAGCGAUUCCAGAAUCUAUUUGCACUCCAUAUUUGCAGGUUCUCGACCUUUCAAAUAAUACGCUGAGUAGUGUCAUUCCUACUCAUUUAACCAGGAAUUGUUCUUUUCUUAGUGUUCUAGAUUUGGCGGAAAAUCAUCUGGAAGGCCGAUCUCUGCAAGUAUUGGAUUUGGGAAAUAAUAAUUUGGAAGGCACCAUUCCCCAGUGGAUAGGUAAGCUAUCACAACUGCAUGUGUUGGUGUUAAGGUCUAAUCAUUAUCAAGGCAGUAUCCCACGCCAGGUAAUUGGCCUUCCAAAUCUUCAAAUUCUGGAUCUUUCUGGCAACCGCCUUUCAGGGACUAUUCCAAGCCACCUUACAAACUUGCUUGCAAUGGUCAAUGCAUCACAGAAUAAUCCAAACCAUCUAGAAUUCUUCUUCUCAUAUGGUACGUAUACAAAUCAGAUUACAAUUUCCUGGAAAGGUUGGGAUGUUGAGCUUGUUAAAGUUCUUUUCAUUCUUAAAUGUAUUGAUCUUUCAAACAACAACUUAUCUGGGAGCAUUCCUCCCGAAAUGGGAUCUCUUCAAGGCUUGAUAGCCCUUAACCUUUCAAGGAAUCAUCUCAGUAGCCGAAUCCCAAAUACAAUGGGACGCAUGGAUCAUCUAGAGUCUUUGGACCUCUCGCUAAACAGGCUAAAUGGCAACAUUCCAUUAGAACUUCAGUUGCUGAGUUAUUUACAGUUCUUGAAUCUGUCUUACAAUAUGCUUGAUGGAAAAGUACCCCGCGGGAGACAGUUUCUAACGUUUGUGGAGUCGUCCUACUUAGAGAAUUCAGAUGGUGAAAUGAUAGGAUGGGCAGUGGGACUUGGAUUGAGUUAUGGUUUGGGAUUCUCUAUUGUGAUUGGAAUAUUGACUUUCAAUAAGAGUGUGAGAAAUAGAGCCUUCAAUUCGUAUGAUGUUGUAAUUUUAGCUGUUGAUCGGCGUAUAAGAGGGAAUAGAUGA